AUGAACUCCAGCCACAACUUUAGCCAGACCCCCUCAGGCUCCCUCCAUGGCACGGGAAGCCGCUGGGGACAGCUGGGGAGCUUCCCUCGGGCUCCCAGUGUCCAUGGGGGGGCUGGGGGUGUCCGCAUCUCCCUUUCCUUCAGCUCGCCAAGCUGCCUGCCUCCUGGAGGGCCUUGGGGAUCUAGAAGAGGCAAAUCCCUCCCAGCUGCGAGUGGGAAGGAGGUGAUGCAGGGCCUCAACAAGCGCCUGGCCUCCUACCUGGACAAGGUGCGUGCCCUGGAGGAGGCCAACGAGAAGCUCGAAAGUCGCAUCUUGAAGUGGCAUGAGCAGAGAGAUCCCGGGAGUAAGCAAAAUUACUCCCAGUAUGAGGAAAACAUCAGCCACCUGCAGGAGCAGAUCAUGGAUGGCAAGAUGACCAAUGCUCAGAUCGUUCUUCUCAUUGACAAUGCCAGGAUGGCAGUGGAUGACUUCGGCCUCAAGUAUGAAAAUGAACACUCCUUCAAGAAAGAUCUGGAAAUUGAAGUUGAAGGUCUCCGAAAGACCUUGGAUGAUCUGACCAUUGUCACGACAGAUCUGGAACAGGAGGUUGAGGGGAUGAGGAAAGAGCUCAUUCUCAUGAAGAAGCGACAUGAGCAGGAAAUGGAGGAACAUCACGUACCAAAUGACUUCAAGGUCAGUGUGAAGGUGGAUUCCACUCCAGGAGAAGAUCUGAUUAAGGUCCUGGAGGAUAUGAGGCAGGAAUAUGAGUUUAUAAUAAAGAAGAAGCAUCAAGACUUGGACGCUUGGUAUAAAGAGCAGUCAGCCACCAUGGCCCAGGAGGUGGCCAGCCCAGCAGCCGUGCAGAGCAGCCAAAGUGACAUCCAUGAGCUGAAGCGCACUUUCCAGGCCCUGGAGAUCGACCUGCAGGCACAGCACAGCAGAAAAUCCGCUUUGGAGAACAUGUUAUCAGAGACCCAGUCUCGGUACUCCUGCCAACUCCAGGACAUGCAACGGGUCAUCUCCCACUAUGAGGACGAACUGCUGCAGCUACGCCACGACCUGGAGCGUCAGCACAACGAAUACAAGGUCCUGCUGGGCAUCAAGACCCACCUGGAGAAGGAAAUCGCCACCUACCACCAGCUCCUGGAGGGAGAGAGUGAGGGGACAAUGGAGGAAUCAAAGUCAAGUGUGAAAGCUCCAAAGAUCAAGGCCAUCACACAGGAGAGUGUCAACGGAAGAAUAAUUCUUUCUCAAGUAAAUGAGAUCCAAAAGUGUGCAUAAGGCCAAUAAAAGUUUCUGCCUAUUAUAAGAACUACUUUUCUCCAAUGGAAAUCCUUGCCCAGACACAAAUGGGUGAGUCCUAAGAUGUAUCCUUGGAGUUAUCAAACUUAUCAACUUAUUUUUUUUCUCUGUAACAAUCUCACCAGACAUUCCAUAAUGAUCUUAAUACAUUGCUGCAACUGUUUGAAUCAAAGUAUGCGUUCAUGAGCUUAUUAAAGCUCUACUUUCCUACUACAAUCUUCAGAUUGCCAUCACUACUUAUCUGUUUUGGAGCCAAUAAAACUCUAUACCAGCUGCAUCAUGUCUUUGUUUAUGUCACAUCAUAUUCAUGUCACUUUUAUAUCAAGGUCUCAUCCUAACAAGGGAUUCUCAGGGCAUUGUCCAUGAAAGAAAGGGACCUUCAUGCUUUGAACAUACCUGCAGCAGCGAGACGCUGGGCAGAAUUGUUACCUUGCAACGUAGGGACGAGAUGUGGGUCAUGAGGCUCUCCAGACCUCUGCCAACAGAGGAGGGGAGGCCUGCAAAGCUUCACUGAGAAUGUGAGAUGACCAAAAAUUAUUCUAGCUCAUGAACAUACCUACACACAUAACUUUAAGGGCCUAAAAGAAAGUUAAAGCUAGAAAAGGGAAUUGGGAAAAAAAAAAACCCAAUCCUUAUUACAAAUAUACACUAAGACCCUAAAAGGGGAAGUGACUUGUCCAAGAUCCAAAAUGCAAAUAUUAGGAUCUGGGGCG